UGAGGCCAUAAAGCUGAACAGCCACACAUUUACUAUUUUCAAUAAAUGCAUUUUGAAUUUGAAUCUUGUUUAAAAUGUCUCAGGUCGUGUCUUUCGGCGGUUGAGAAGGAUGAGUGAAUAUGUUCUAGAUGCUGACCAGGAAAUCCAGGAGGAUGAGUUUUGUGAGGAGAGUACCAAAGAAGACGCUAAUGCGGCCGAAGAAAUGCAGUUUGAUGCUGAGCUUGAGGCAAUCAAAGAACGUUUCAAAGAAAUGGAAGCUGAUGCCAAUAAGCUACAUGAUUUACGCCGUGUGAUUGAUAAGUCUCCAGUUGCAAAGUCGAAUAACUCGGUUUUGUCAGAUGAAGACAAAACUGAAGUUGACCUUCGUUCAGUGUAUGUGGGGAAUGUAGAUUAUGGUUCUACAGCAGAUGAACUUGAAGCCCAUUUCCGCGGAUGUGGACCAAUCAAUCGUGUUACUAUACUGUGCAAUAAAUUCACUGGACAUCCUAAAGGUUUCGCUUACAUUGAGUUUGACACACGAGAUGCUGUGGAAGCUGCUAUGGCUCUGGAUGACUCAUCUUUCCGAAGUCGGCAGUUAAAAGUCCUACCGAAACGUACAAAUGUCCCUGGAAUGUCCUUGACAAAUCGUCCGCCUUUCGUUAGAGGGGCUGGUCGGGCACGUGGAAGGGGGAUGGCAUUUGGCUUCCGUUCUGUGUACGCUGGUCGAAUGCGUUUUCCUAGAUAUCGGUACAACACCCGCCUUAAAAUGUAUGAUGUGGCAAACAUUUUCUCCCAAAAUCUAAAAGUAGAGACUACAGCAGCAUCAUACGUGUUGGCGUGGACAUGCAUUAUGUGCAAAUGUACCACCAAAAUUGUUAUUUUUAAAUUUUAUACUAUUAAGCUUGUUUACCACUCACUGUGUAUGUUUACAAAAUAUUUUGUUGGUUAUGAAUGUUUCUUGUUCUGAUAUGAUCUUAUCCGAUGUAAAUCCGCGUAACACGUAACGUUUUGGGUUUGUAUGAGCUGGCUGAUAACUGUUACUCUAUGCAUCACAUAAUACAAAAAAGAAACAGUUGUCCAACAAGACUGAGGUACUAGGCAGCGUCUGGGAAUCAGAAGAAGUCCCAUCGGGUUGGUGUAAGUCACUGAUUAUCCCCAUAUACAAGAAGGGAGACAAGUCUUCCUGUGAUAAUCACAGAGGGAUUAGCUUGACUAAUAUAGUAUCUAAAGUCUUAGGCUCAAUAAUCAUGCGUAGACUGAGUGGUGCUCGGGAAGCACAAACACGAGAGAGCCAGGCAGGCUUUAGACCAGGAAGAGGGUGUAUUGAUCAUAUCUUCAACCUCCGACAGAUUCUAGAACAUAGGCA